CAUCUUGCACAUAAGCAUUCUCUUAUAUUUAACUUAGAUUAAGCGUAACGUAGGGAUGGAAGUCCAAAGGUUCAGGCCCGGAACCGCUCCGAUCAAGGCAGAAUAUCUAAUCUCAACAGAGCCUCGGGCUGCUGCUAUAGACGAUGAUGCAGCGGAGAGCUCAACAAAUCAUAUUAGAGGCACCACUGGUUUAGUGCACCAAGAUGAUGAAGGGCAUGUCGGGCUAGAUGGCACUCCACCAGGCAAGCGCCAAAAAUUAUCGAGGGAGGAAAAGAAGAAGCGUACUGGAGCCAACAAGGCUCGCCGGUUUGCAAAGAUGAAGGAUGAAUUGGAGCUCUGUUGGAAGGUGGCUGUUGGAAAUGAGUGUGAAUUUGGUAAAGACUGCCGGUUUACGCAUGACAUAGACGAAUACCUUGCACAGAAGCCAAAAGACUUGACGUUUCCGACUAGUGUCGAUUCUGUAUCUAUCCAAGCCUACUCCGCAGCGGACUGCUCGAAUGAUAUUGCAAGCGUAUCGGAACUCCCCCCAUCUGUGGAUCCGUCUGUAUAUUGCCCGGUUUUCGAUGCCAAGGGAGAAUGCAGUCAUGGAUUUAAGUGUCGUUUCCUGGGUUCACAUAUCAGGAAGACGGAAUCGGGCACCCUGGAAAUUGUGAAAGAUGAAGAGAAAGUCGCUCGACGCAAAUUGGACACCACUGAACUCAAUUACAUCCUACUGGAUAGCCUCAAGCAGUUACGAUCGAAAAAGUAUCCACAACCCAUAACGGAGGCUUACUUGAAGGAGUUGGAAACAUCUGGCAAUACGAAAAAGGAACCAGCUAGAACUACCGCGCAAACAACGUUCUCAGAAUUAGAACUUAUGGCCGACGAAAAUGAGUCACAGAAAGAUACGCCAGAUGUCCCGAUGAGAUUUAACGAGAAGAAAAGACUAAACUGGCGUGGACUCACUUACCUUGCUCCCCUCACCACCGUUGGAAACUUAGCGCCGAUAUCACCUGCGGAGAAAGCGAUGGGUCUAGCUACAUCAUUUCUCCAAGGUUCAAAGGAAGAAUGGUCCCUUGUUCGCCGGCAUCCCUCGGAACGAACGUUCGGUGUACAAUUGGCAGGUAGUAAGCCUGGACCACUAGCUGCAAUCGCCGAAGUUAUGGCACGAGAAUUCGGUCCUCGAGGCAUUGAUUUCGUUGACGUCAAUUGCGGAUGCCCGAUUGACUUGGUGUUUCGAGCUGGAAGUGGUUCUGCACUUCUGGAUGCCCCCGCGAAGCUGAGCAAGAUACUCGUCGGUAUGAGCAGGGCACUAGGCGAGAUUCCCCUCACUGUCAAACUCAGGACUGGAGUGAAAGAAGGAAAGAAUACUGCUCAUAAGUUCAUGCCUCGUCUCGCGGCAGAGACAGGUAUAGGGGCAAUGACACUACACGGCCGGACCCGCCAACAGCGGUAUACCAAACUCGCAGACUGGGAUUAUAUUAAGGAAUGUGUCGAUGCUGUACACGCAAGAGAAGUAGAAGAAGGGUUGGCUCCUAUCCCGAUAUUCGGAGGCGGAGACGCCUAUUCUUCGCAAGACUAUUGGGGAAGCAUAGAUUACAGUGGUGUCGAUGGGGUGAUGGUCGGACGAGGCGCGCUCAUCAAGCCGUGGAUUUUCACAGAAAUAAAAGAACGGAGAGAGUGGGACAUCAGUGCUCGUGAGCGCCUUGAACUCACUCGGAAGUAUGCAGAGUAUGGUCUGAAUCAUUUCGGAAGCGAUACAACAGGUGUGAACACCACACGUCGUUACCUCUGUGAAGCACUCUCUUUCACCCAUCGCUAUAUACCCAUCGGACUCCUUGAAGUACUCCCAGGACGCUUGAAUGACCGCCCGCCAGCAUUCAGAGGACGAGAUGAAUUGGAGACAUUGCUAGCAAGCACGGAUAGUCGCGACUGGGUCAAAAUCUCCGAAAUGUUCCUUGGCAAAGCACCAGAAGGUUGGACGUUCACACCGAAACACAAGAGCAACUCCUAUGGAGCUGAAGAAAGUCAGGGAUAGGGAUAGUCUACCAUACUGACACGCAAAAAUUGAACAUCAAGCGAAGUGCUAGAAAUACAAUAAACUUUGGGGAAGAAGAAAUUCCGCAUCCAGGUGGAACAUCCAAAUAUAAUAGUGUCUAGUCGGUAUAUUGGUGAAGGCGACAAGAAUAAUGAUAGUCCAUAAAAGUCCAGGAAAAGACAGUGAAUAUUAAGCAAAACACGAAGAAUUGAUUGUUCGUAGGCGGAAAUCAUAGGAAAGUGGAACGUGCGAAAUGAAUGUGUGUUCGCGUUAGUCGCGGAAGUCAAGCAUUGCAAUAAUAGCGUCCGCGUCUUCUAUCUCUGGUUGAGGUGGGACUAAUGAGGGAAGGGAACCGGAACGAAAGCGCAUUGUUUCGGAGUGAAAAGCGGGUUUCACAUUUACGGCGUACCCCGUCUUCUUUCUGUCAGAUUCACGAGUACAGGACGGUGGGAUGCAGUAUAUUUCGGAGUGGGGUCGGGAAGGAGAGGGAAUUGAUCGAUCGGCGUGCUUGACGCCGAGAAGAUCGUAAACAUCAUCGUAUAGACCGUCCGAGGUGCUGGGAAUGGCAGAAGUUUGUGCGAUCGAUGUUGGUGGGUGCGAAGAUGGCAUACCGCUUGUACCGAAUCUGUAAGAUGGGUCCAUAAUAGGGAGUGGAGGAACCGGAGGAACAAUGUCUGAAGAGAAGGUGGUGCGAGCACUUGUUGCAUGAUGAACAAGCAAACUAGAUGAUACAGAAGAUCUCUGACUGUGCCGUUGAUAACUGUGGCCAGAAAGGCGUAGACCAGCUUUGCUCGUUCUUGAGCUGCUUUGCCUUGCAAGUGAGACUCGACUAGAUCUACGGCUACUAGACACGGAUUUCCGCCGAGAGGAUCCGGAUUGUUCGGCCAAUGCAUCUAGGUCAUGUUCCAACUCCUCCGCCUUCCGCCACGCUUCAUCUCGCUCCGCGUGAAUGUUGAUAAUUUCUGACUGGAGUUUCUGCACCUCUGAGGUCUGUCGGAACAAACUUGCAUUCAGUUUCCGCAAAGCAACGGCAAGCGCACUCGCUUGAUGCACGUCUUGAAGUCGGCACAUUUGUGCAAUCUGGUCGUCUACGUUGUGCAACUCUUCGACGAGCUUAUCACAGGAUGCUGUUAUCUUGGCGAGCUCUUCUGCAUCUCGUACAACAGCCGUUAUGUCAACUACGCGGCCAUUUGAAGAGAGCGAUGUCAAGCGCUGGAUGAAGGAGCAUCGCCGUCUCACUAGAACUUUGUAGUCUUUCUGGAUGUCCAGGCGGCACGCUUCCAAUUUGUCGAUUUCUACCGGGAGUUUCUCGUAAACAUCUCUCGACAGAAGUCUGAUGGACGACGCCUGGGCAGAUUGCUCGAUGGCCAUUCGCACGAUGGACUGCAGCUGUGAAGAGCUAAACGUCCAUUUCGCCGCAUCUAAAGUAAGCCCACGCCAGUUAACAGGAGUUGUCUUAAAUGUCGGUGUAGGCAACGGUGACUCUGGCCUUUUAGUUGCAGGUUUUGCAUUCAUUAUUGCUCGACUGUUGCCAGCCGCACUUUCACUAACAGAGCGGCGUGGUGCAAAGGUAAGAGGCGCCGUUAUCGUCGAGUUUCCUACAUGACUAUUUGGCUUGCGGGGUCCGAAGGGUAGCGGCGGACGAAUAU